AUGGACAACGGUGGACACAGAACUGUGCGGCUAACAUCAACACUCGAACAAGCGUUAUACACGUCUUCCCAUUCCAAGGACGAGAUGGAUCAUCACAAUGAGGACUCGUUCUCUGGCCUCCCUUGUCCCGGGAUUUCGCCACUCAGUGCACUUUCUGUAUUUCUCGCUACGCACGCUGGCCAGAACGAAUUGUAUGCGGAAGCUCAGCAUUGUGUACUGGGUGCUCUCAACCAACUGUCCAACUUACCAGACGCUAAACAGACUGAUCUCCACUUCGUCGCGCUCUUGCUGUCUGCGCUGCUUCAAGAUGAUUGGUCGAUGGUCGCUCAGCUGUGGCCUUUGGAAGAUUGGUCUACUGCUGUUGCUGCUCUGGUCAAUCACACUUGGGCCCGUAAUCGAUCGUUAUUCAAACAUUUGUGUGUAACCCUUAUCGAUCGACUCCUGGACCGGUCAGAUGACUGUACUCUUUCACAAAGAGACAGAUGUACUGCUGCCUGGGUUUGUGCCGUCCUCGCCGGAGAUAUGAACGGAAUUGUUCGGGCAUGGUAUGAUUUGAACUCUGUGAAUCCAGAUGAGCGUCGUGGCGAACAACUUUUGCCUCUAGCUCUUCAGCUUGUCCUUGUGCAGAAGAUCGCCGAUACACGAGUGGCUGUGGAUCCUACGGCUGGGUCAGGCUUGCCCGCUGUAGCCCAAGUAUUCUCAUCGAUAGCCAUGUGGUUGGGUCAUAUCCACGCUGGUCGUGGUCACGAGGACAUCAUGGUUGCUUUGCGCCUUCUGCAGCAGUUCACUGUGGGGACACAAUUUGCGGAUUUCUCGGAAGUGAACGAAACGGCUCAUCGGCUGUGGUGUGCUCUGUCUGAUGAGCAACGACAACAGUCGGCCUUCAAGUUCACUGCGCCAUUUGUCUGUCCAUAUCAGCAGACGUCGUAUUUUUCCAAAAUGAAGCCUUGUGUGUGCGGGAAAACGUUAGCGGCUUCCGUCCAACCUCGAUGUCCACAAACUGUUCGAUCAAUUUACUCUACUCAACCGUUUUCGCCACCCGGGCCUGCUGAAGCUUAUUCUGGACAGCUUUUCGGAAAACCAACAAACCAGGAUCCCAUCGGACCUACUCUGAUGAGUCAUUUUCCACCAGCUUCACCUUACUCUACAAUACAAUCGGUUGUACCUCCGCCCAUGUCAUCAUCUGGUGCACCGCUAUUUGGUGGAUCUUCGGGACCGACUCCUCCGUUACCACCGGUUAUCCCACCAUCGCCCCCACAACCCUUCCCUUCGUGGUCCCAACGUCCAGUUAUGCCAGCCAGCAUGCCUCUGAGACCUGUGACUCCCUCACCCACAGUCGGGUCGGUACGUGGACCCUUACCGCCACAGCAACAGCAACAACCCAUUGCCGGUGUUGCUCCACCUCCAACGGAAACUAGUCGUGCUUGGAAUGACCCCCCUUGGUUGGCGCAAGCAUACCAGCUGCGAUUCCUGGAAUUGCAAAGUCAUAUGUCAAAUAGUACCUCAGAUGAACCUGUCCCUCCAGUACGACCAGCUGUGACUACCAAUCAGUUCUACGACCCCACUGAGUUCACUGGUCAACUCGCAUCACCCCCGGUCCCCCCAUCUUUUGGUUUGAGUAAUCCGCCCAACUCCCAGGUACUGGCUCCUCCAUUGGCUUCGUUCCCCACGUCGACACAUUCUUCAGUACCAUCAAUUCAGCCGUCGGCUAAUGUACCAAAUGUGACCCCGCCCACAGCCCCAUUGCCACCUUUGCCUCCGAUGACAUCAGGGUAUCUGCAGCCCUCGUCAUCCCCCAUGUUCCCGGCGAUAACUCAGUCUCAUAUUCCGGCAACGCAGCUGUCCGUCGGUGGCCCACCUCUCGGACCUCAGAUCUUCCCACCUACGCCUGUGGUGCCGGAUCUGCCCGCUCGCCCAACGCCGUUUCGUAUAGACGACCGUUUCGGCGGUGAGGCCGGAAGUUUCCGAUCGGCUUCGCCAGUAACGUCGUCGACGAUGUUUCGGUCUGCUUAUCCUCGACUGGGUACGGACCAAUGGCCUGCAGCUCAACCUUUGGGGACCAGUAAUUCACCAGCAUCAGCACCGUUGCCGGUGGUUGAUGGUGUGUUGUCGGAGUCGUCUGUAACUGUCCAAAACGGGGCCGUCGAACCAUCUUCCCACGAUCAGACGACCCCAAUGAAUCCCGAAUUCGCAGCGAUGGAAGAGACUCUGACCAAGUUGGUCCAGCUUUGCCGCACUGUUGGAGGAAAACCGUUCGCGUCUAAAAUGGACACCGUAGAUCGCAGAAUCGCGAGCUUGUUUGCUUCCCUUCGUAGUUCAAGCGGAGCCAUUCCUUUUAGUGAAGUUGUGCUUCAGCACCUGCGUGAAUGCGUGAACGCGGCCGCCCAAUCGGACUACGUAACCGCUGUGGAGCACGCCAAUCUAUUGAUCCAAUCCGCCUCGGGCUUCGAGUCCAUCCAUAGCUUCGCCCCUGGCCUGAAGAUCCUCAUGCAGUCUGCCCGACAACUCUUUCCGACGAAUCGCCCGCACGGAGCUGGCGAACAGCCUGGGAGCUCUAGCAUUAUCCCAGUCCACUUACAACCACGAAUGAUACAACAACAGAAACGGCCUGAUACCACAUCGUCCGUCGCAAAUGGCAUAAGCGCGGUCGACUUGCUUCAUAAAGCAGGCCAGAUAACCUACUGCAAAGUUGCGAUGGUUAGUAGCUUGGAUUCAACCCUGACUAGCAGGUUGUUUCGUUCCACGCCCAGGGUCAUUAAUUCGUCCACUUUCACCCUUCAGCACGGUGACGCUCUGGGUCCAAAGCAGGUGUGGAUCUCAGUAGAACACGAGGUACACAAUCAUACCGACGACAUCCACAGCAUUGGAGUGGCCCUAGGUCACUCACCACUAGAUCACGCAUCACAAACAUUCAGACCACGUGACAAUUCUGGUCCCACUUGCAACCUUAGCCGACUAUGUGUACACUACAUAUUCUCAUCCAUUUUUGUUUACGCGGCUACCACUUGCGUCACGCGUCAGACUUAUGAACUUCAACACAUCACGUCAGGUUGUAUUCAUAUUCGUGCAAGCAUCAGACACGAAGGGACACUCCUCUCUUCACGCUGCAUAGAAAUUUUUGAAAGUGAACACAAAAAGAUUAUCUUACCGUGUGAUUUGAUGCGUCUGUUAGCCAGCUUCUCUGUCGAUGCGGUCGAAACAAGACUGUCCAGACAACUUCGAUACCAUUCUUCUGCAACAGACUUUGAGUCGAUCGGUUGUGGAAAUAAUGCGUUUGAGUUGAAAACCAAGAGACUUAGGCUAGAAAAUUCGUCCAACUUUGUCGACGCUGAGUUCGAAGGGUACCGGUGUGCGUACCAGGCGUGGCACGGACUCUUGGCACAGGAGGCGAUUGGAUACUGCUGA